GAACCCCAUUUUUCCGUUUUCUACAAAAGUUCAGAUUAAAAAGGGGAAAGGAAAAAAUGCAGCGUUAACGGUGAUGUAUUAUGAGGAAUCUUAAGCAAAAUUGACUCCUUCAGUUUUGAGAGGUACAAAAGGUUGGCCAAUAAUUUGGUAACAUCUGUUACCGCGUACGUGUAUGCAUAUCUACAUGGUGAAAAAUUGUAGCAUUGGGGAUAAAUGAGUGGAGGAGUUGGGAGAGUAUGUGCGUGAAAUCUUCCCCGCCGCUGCCCUCUCUGUGUGUUUUUUUUUUUUUCGCCUUAACGGUGAAGUUGUCCCAGCGCGGCGGCAUCACGCAUUGGUGUUAAGCGUGCUAGCGCCACAUGUGCAUAUAUAUAUAUAUAUGGCAUAAGUACAUACGUAUGUGCAUACAUAUGUGCAUACGCGUGUGCAUACAUAUAUAUGCACGGCCCAAAUGCCCCUCGCCUUUGCCGGUUUCCUAAAUGAUGUCUGAAGAGAAGAAGCUGAACAAGCCCCUGCUUAACAUGAGUGACAAUGAUGGGGAAGUUAAGGGAAAUGCUAAUCAGGUCGCACAGCAGAGCAGCACGCUGGGGGGGAUGUCCAAGUACCACGCAGGCCAACAUCACGAUAUGAAAAACUUAAUGAAAAGAAAUGAAAAGAAGAUAAAAGGGGAAAAUAUAUACAUAGAUUACCUCAAAACGAGGUUUAAAAGGAACGGUAGCGAGGAAUUUGCAAAGUAUGCAAGCGCACUGGACGAAAAGGGGAGGGAAAGCAGCGAGUGUAAAGAGACCCACUUUGGUAGAAAAAUCUUCCCCUACUCGAAAGAAAAUAAAGGAAGUUCCACCAAAGAGACGGAAGAAUAUCGAAAGAGUGACGACUUCAAGGUACGCAUUAAAUGCUUUAAUAAAUAUUUAAAACAUUAUGUUCAUAAAAUAAGUAACGGAGAAACAGUACAGUACUCACUACAGACACAUGAGUUGCUAAAGAUAGUGCACCAAAUAAAAGGAGAAAAUACCCCGAUAAAUUCUAGCGGUCUAGCCCAAUACAGAGAUAUAAGGCAACUACUCUCCAGUAAUAGCAACACCAGAUUUGAUAUAUCCCCAAAGAGGAAUUGCGUCCUUAUCAAUUUGCCCUACAGAAAGUGCAUCAUCUUUAAAGACUUCCUACUGUACAUCCCGACAUUCACAAAUAGCCCAAUUCCUGAAGUUGCAGAAAAGGAAGAAAGGAUGUGCAAAUAUUUUAUUGAAAAUGCAAAAGUCAUUUCGUUAAUUAAAGAUUCUUUACCUUUCGAGAUACUCAUUUUAGAAGCCAUCUUUGUUGAUAUAUGUGAAGAGCUAAAAAACGAAAUAGAACCCGUAAUAUGUGAAGCAGAAAAGCUAUUCGAAAUUAUAAGCAACAAUUUAAGCAUUUACAAAUGUAUUAACAAAUUGACCGAAAUGAGGAGAAAGCUAAAAAUUAUUGAUGAGAAGGUACAGAGUGUAUAUAAAGCCAUACAUGCAGUGUUAAAUAAUGAUGAAGACGUUCGAAGAUUAGAAGUUUCCUAUUUUGGAGAUAAACCAGAAUUAUGGGAGAAAUGUGAUCCUACUCCUAAUAAUGAGGACACGGAAAUGUUGCUAGAAUAUUACUCCCACGAAAUUGAUGAGUUUUUAAAAAUUAUUCAUAGAACUGAUGAGUCGUUAGAUGACGUCCUCCAAAUGGUAGAGCUCAAUUUGGAUGAUGCAAGAAAUAAUGUCCUAAAAUUAGAGCUAGGGCUGAAGAUAUACGGCAUCAUCAUUACCGUUGUUGGCACCGUGGCUGCCAUUUUUGGGAUGAACUUGAAAAACGGCUUCGAAAGCGACCAGUACGUCUUCUGGACCCUCGCCUUCUCGCUCAUGCUCAUAACGGUGUUCUGCUUGUUUUACGUCAUCGUGUCUUUUAAGCGCGUCAACAUUUAGCACCGCGGCAGGGGUAGCGGCAUGGUCAGCGGUAUUGGCAGCGGUAUUGGCAGCGGCAUUGGCAGCGGCAUGUUCAGCAGCAUGGUCAGAGGCAUCCCUUAAAGGAACGUUAAACGCCAGCGCCUCUUUGUUUCGUUUUGUUUUGUCUUUCUUUACUUUCCUGUGCGUGCGUCCCGGCAGGGGGUGGGAGUUCACCACUUAGGGGCCCCUCCCCACAGAUGAGCACACGUACAUAUUUGUGUUGCAAAUGGCUUUCAAUUUUUAACACAAAAAAAAAAGUCACCCACCAUGUGUACACCGUGGGGGAAGACUGCUGCCGAUGUGGUUCACACAAACAGCAGAAAAUAACCAUGUGGGUCAGGCCCAAUUUUGUGUUUCAUUUUCCCCUUUGGUGACUUUGGUGGCUUUGUGGCAUAUGUUUUAUGUGAGCGGUUUACCGGUCAUAGCACCCCGCAUGUUACGCAAUCAGAGUGUGUUUCCCCGUUCGUCUGGCAAAAAGGUGAAAAAAAAAAUAUAUGCACAUGCAUAUGCGUGUGUGUGUGAGUG